GGAUACAACACAAUUGUAACUCUGAACUGUAACUCUGAAGUGGAAGCAACUGCUCCGGUCAAAGAUGUACUGGGAUACCAUUCUGAAAUCCAACGAGAGAAACAUAGACAUUAAAGACUCUAAAAUAAAGAUGGAGAUAUCUGCUGGAUAUUAUAUGGAAGAAUUCAGAACACAGGAAGUCCCUGCUGGUUUUGACUUUGCAUCAUACGACUACAGUGGUGAAGACCUGUCUUUUCUGUUAGACAGUAAAGGACCGGGGCAUCAGUAUCCAGAGAGUUUUGGAGAGCCUCAGAAGAAUCCACAACUUUAUGAAAACAAAGUGACCUCCAGUGAUGCUGUGCUGUUCAAUCUUGAUUCUUACCCAGAGUUCAACUGUUGGGCGUCAUACCCAAGUGAUGGACUGACUUUGGAACAGUCUCAAGCAGGGUUCCAAGAGUGCACCCAGACAUAUCACAGCCUCGUGCCCCUGUGUGCCCCAGCCCAGAGUGGACAGUUCAGCCCAGCCAUGGAGGAAGCCAGCCCGAGCAACUCCUUCCUCCCUGGAAAAGGGACAGGUUGCACAAGGACCCCCAGCACUGUCACCAUGGACCACCUUGGUGAAGCUGAGCAAAGCUACACCCGGCAUUCAGGUGAACAGCUGUACAACUCAGAAGCACAGAGGAGGUCUGCCUCCUACUGGCCAGACUACCCCUCUCCUAGCUUCGGGGCCGGCACCCCCCUGCCUCCUCCUCCUCACCACCCUCCAUCUUGUUCCUCAACCCCUGGAUCACAGCUGCCCUCAGAGCUGUUCUGCCCCCGUGUGGCCAAACGCAAAAGCACGCACACCCAGAGAACAGAGAGAGACAGAGGACACGCUGUGGGAAUGUCUGCCUAUCCAGGUUCAGGUCCCAUCCAAUUAUGGCAGUUCUUACUAGAGCUGCUCCUAGACUCUGCCUGCCGGACCUUUAUCUGCUGGACAGGAGACGGUUGGGAGUUCAAGAUGUCCGACCCGGCAGAGGUGGCCAAACGCUGGGGCCAGUGUAAGAACAAGCCCAAGAUGAACUACGAGAAGCUGAGCCGUGGGCUUCGCUACUACUACCACAAGAACAUUAUUCACAAAACGGCAGGCAAGCGCUACGUCUAUCGCUUUGUCUGCGAUGUGCAGGGGAUGCUGGGAAAGACGGCCCAGGAGGUUCUGGCCAGCCUGAACAUUUUACCCUUGGGUGCAGAGUCUUCCUGGCAAGACCAGGGGACGGCUGUAUCCUCUCCAGAGUCCAGUGAAGCAUGGGCCUCACAGUAGGGGGGAGUGGCCAGCUGUUUCUUAUUGGUGCUAUUGGCUCUUAAAUUUGUUACGGCCAAACCACGUUACUGUUAGGUCAGUAAAGCCCUUCCCAAGCAUUGCCAUUGGCUUUCAAACCUCUCAUUUGAGCUUGAUAGGCAUGUAUACACAUUUUUGACAGAUUUUACAGGGUUGUAUUCAGUUGAGGUGAAAGGUUUAGAAAAUACUCCAAAUAGAAAUGAAACAGGGCUGACCAGAUUCCCUAUUAAUGAAAGACAGUAUUCCCAUUGGAUGGUCUGAACAGUUGCACCCUCCUGAACUGCCUCCAUGAUGUGUUGCUGGGUAUUGUACUGCAGUACAGUCAGUAGUUAUUGGAAUGUUUAUAUUAUAGAAAUAUGUUGGUUAGAUCACACAUGCCUCUUUGAUAUGUAGUAUACUGGAUAUAUGACUCUUCGAAAAGGAAUCACUUCAGCUUUGUUUAAGACAUUUCUACCUGCAACGUUUGACAUUUGGCUAAAGAACGAGUCCCUGGUGUUACACUUGUUGAUGACAAAGUUAUAGGCCUACAAUAGUAGCCUUUUCGUUUGUUUUUGGUGUAUGGCAUAAAGAUACACAAAUUUACUCUGAGUUUGAGGACCAGGUUAUUUUUAUAAGUACAUAUCUACCUCCUUUUAUUUCUGUAAAAAUAAAAAGAAGAGGGAAAAUCCUUGUUCUGUUCUAUAUAAUGUGUGAUUUUGUACA